AUGUUAAACUCAGCUAAUAAUCGACCUAAUAAUACAAUCAAAGUUCGUUUGACUAUUCUUUGUGCUCGAAACCUUGCCAGGAAAGGUCUAUUUAGAUUACCCGAUCCUUUUGCAAAAAUUAGUGUUGAUGGAUCUGGACAAUGUCACAGCACUGAAGUUUGCAGAGCAACUCUUGAUCCUAAAUGGAACCAACAUUAUGAUUUGUAUAUUGGUAAAUGUGAUGGAAUCACAAUCAGUGUUUGGAAUCAUAAAAAAAUUCAUAAAAAACAUGGUGGAGGAUUUUUAGGUUGUGUACGAAUUGCGGCAAGUGCAGUUCAAAGACUUAGAGAUACAGGUUAUCAAUGCUUAGAGUUGUGUAAAGCAAAAGCUGAUGAUCCGGAACCUGUAAAAGGGCAAAUAGUAGUAUCAUUACUUUCCAGAGAUGGGGUUAGUGGAAAUAGAACUGCAGUGGUUGAUUCAUCUGGGCACAUAAGCAACCCUGAAGAUUUACCUCCAGGUUGGGAAGAAAGAAAAACCUUGGCAGGACGUUUAUAUUAUGUUAACCACAAUACAAAAACAACACAAUGGAUUCGACCAAACGGAGAAGGAGAUGGAGACACAAUGCAACUACCUGAUAAUGUAAAUUCUUCAAAUGAUGAAAACUCUUGUAGUUCAUCUGCCCAAUUCUUUAGGAGUCAAAAUCAAUCAUUGAAUUCUAGUUUAGCUAAUUGUUCAUCAUUGCCUUGUGGUGAAUCAGGUUUGAUAACCUCAUCAGAUUUGAAAAAUUCAUCUAACAAUACAGAAGUAUUUUCGUGUAGAAGAAAGCAUACAAGAAUAAAAAAUGCUGAAACUGGUACUAGUAACGAACUGCAAAUAAAUAGUUCCAAAAACAAUAAACAACAAAAGCCGCAAAAAUCAGUGGAUUUGCCUCAUGGUUUCGAAAUGAGAACUACUCAACAAGGUCAGGUAUACUUCUAUCAUGUUCCAUCGGGGACAAGCACCUGGCAUGAUCCUCGAAUUCCACGGGAUUUAUUCCCAUCUGAAGCUGAAUUGGGACCUCUUCCACCUGGAUGGGAAGCUAGAAAAACGCAUUCGGGUAGAACAUAUUUUGUAGAUCAUAACAGCCGUACAACCCAGUUCAAUGAUCCAAGGUUGACUUCUAGUCUCAUUAAUAAGUUUUUAAAAAAUCGGAAUCAAAAUGUACCAAGUACUGCAUCAGGGGAAGAAUCUGUUUCUUUCGAAUCAAGAAACAAUGGUAAUUGUAUAACAAGUGAGGCUCAGAAUCUUAAAAAUAAUUUACCUGAAAGUAAUAGUUUUCCUGAAGCGUCUACAUCAGGAAUUGAAAGAGUUGCUUUUUCCGAUAGUGGAAUUGCUGACAACAAAGUGAAAACUGAAGAUCCUGUUUUGGAUGGCGAAAUUUUACCGAAAUACAAAAGAGAUUUGGUUUCAAAAUUACGGAUGCUUAAAGCAGAAUUACAUGCUUUGCAACCCCAGAGUGGACAUUGUAGACUUGAAGUUUCAAGAAAAGAAAUUUUCGAAGAAUCUUAUAGAUUACUCAUGAAAAUGAGACCCAAAGAUUUAAGAAAAAGAUUAAUAGUUAAAUUUCGAGGGGAAGAAGGUCUCGAUUAUGGAGGUGUUGCCAGAGAGUGGUUGUAUCUCGUUUCUCGAGAAAUGCUUAAUCCGCAAUAUGGACUUUUUCAGUAUUCUCGUGAAGAUAAUUACACUCUUCAAAUUAACGCGGAUAGCGGAGUGAAUCCAGAACACUUGAGCUAUUUUCAUUUUGCCGGAAGGGUGUUGGGUACGGCCAUGUUUCACGGUCACCACAUAGACGCCGGAUUUACGACCCCUUUUUACAAAAUGCUCUUGAGCAAGAGUAUUACUUUGGAUGACAUUGCUGGAGUUGACCCUGAUUUACAUAGAUCAUUACAGUGGCUUUUGCAUAAUGAUGUGACUCAAUUAGAUACCACGUUUGCAGUUGAACACGAAGCUUUUGGUGAACUUCGAGUACACGAGUUAAAAGUCGGAGGACGAGACAUACCUGUAACUCAGGAAAAUAAAAAAGAAUAUGUAAAGUUAUACGUAAAUUAUAGAUUCAAGAGAGGAAUAGAACAACAAUUUCUGGCUUUAUUGAAGGGGUUCACUGAGGUUGUGCCGGCCAAUCUUUUAAGAUUAUUUGAUGAAAGAGAAUUGGAACUUGUACUCGGUGGAAUUAGUAAAAUUGAUGUUGAAGAUUGGAAGCAAAACACGAGAUUAAAACAUUGCACACUUACUACUCCUGUCGUGGUGUGGUUUUGGGAAAUUGUUGAAAAAUAUUCUGAUGAAAUGCAAGCCCGUUUACUUCAAUUUGUCACUGGUAGUUCUCGAGUUCCACUUCAAGGUUUUCGAGCAUUGCAGGGUACUACUGGUGCCGCUGGUCCACGACUUUUUACUAUUCACCUUAUUGACGCACCUAUUCACAAUUUACCAAAGGCUCAUACUUGCUUUAACCGCAUUGAAAUUCCUCCUUAUCCGUACAAAGAAUACAUGUAUGAAAAAUUAACUCAAGCCGUGGAAGAAACUUGUGGAUUUGCAGUAGAAUAG